ACACGAACAGGGAGCAGGUGUGUGUGUGUGAGAGAGAGACGUUUAAAAUUCAACAAAGAAGUUUUAAGAACCAAAAACAGAACAGAGAGGGGGGCAUAUCACAUGGAAGAAGAGCUGCCUUCUCCGUGACGCCCUCUCCUCUCACAUUCUUAUUAUUUCUUCCUCUGAUUAAGGUUUUCUCAUUAUUUUGAUCUCUAUUGUAAUUUCCUUUCCUAGCUCCCCCACUCAACACUCUGCUCUCUCUCUCUUUCUUUUUUUAUUCUGAAUUCAGCUAUUUGAAAAGGGAAGAGAAGGGAAAACUUUGGAUCGAGGUGAAUUCUGGGUUUUUUUUAUUUGCCGUGAUCUGAUAUUUUUUUCUGGGAGAAGAAAGAGGCUGAGAAAUGGAGGAGAGUGUGAUUUUUCAGUGGAGUGUGUUUAGAUCUGUGCUUGCUAUUCUUCAAUGGUGGGGUUUUAAUGUCACUGUUAUUAUCAUGAACAAAUGGAUCUUCCAGAAAUUGGAUUUCAAGUUCCCGUUAACAGUAUCUUGUGUUCACUUCAUAUGCUCAUCCAUUGGAGCAUAUGUGGUAAUCAAGGUGCUGAAGAUCAAACCAUUGAUCAUGGUCGAACCUGAAGAUCGCUGGAGAAGGAUAUUUCCCAUGUCGUUUGUGUUUUGCAUCAACAUAGUGCUGGGGAAUGUGAGCUUACGUUUCAUUCCAGUUUCAUUUAUGCAAACAAUAAAGUCAUUUACUCCUGCAACCACAGUUGUUUUGCAGUGGCUAGUUUGGAGAAAACAUUUUGAUUGGCGAAUUUGGGCUUCUUUGAUACCGAUUGUUGGAGGAAUACUCCUAACAUCUGUUACUGAGCUUAGUUUUAAUAUGUUUGGAUUUUGUGCUGCCUUAUUUGGAUGUUUGGCUACUUCAACAAAAACUAUUCUGGCAGAAUCUCUGCUGCAUGGAUAUAAAUUUGACAGCAUAAACACUGUGUACUACAUGGCACCUUUUGCAACCAUGAUCUUGGGAUUACCAGCAAUGUUGGUUGAAGGUAACGGGGUUAUAAAUUGGUUUCACACCCACGAGUCCGUCUGGCCUGCCCUCAUCAUCAUUUUCAGCUCUGGAGUGUUGGCCUUUUGUCUCAACUUUUCCAUCUUUUACGUAAUUCAUUCCACAACUGCAGUAACAUUUAAUGUGGCUGGAAAUCUUAAGGUAGCAGUUGCUGUCUUAGUUUCUUGGCUGAUAUUCCACAACCCAAUCUCUGCUAUGAAUGCUGUUGGAUGUGCCAUUACGCUUGUGGGAUGUACGUUCUAUGGGUAUGUGAGGCACAUGCUUUCCCAACAGUCCCCACCACCAGGAACUCCGCGAACACCCAGGACUCCAAGGAAUAGGAUGGAAUUACUUCCCCUUGUAAAUGAUAAACUAGAUGAUAAGGUCUAAUUGAGAAGUCGUGGUAUCAAGGCUCUUCGAAAGUUAUUUUUCCAUCUCAGAAAUAGAAAUACAUUCAGUUCUUUGCCAUUAA